AAGCACUAUUGAGACCGAGUGACCGGUCCAGAUAGCGGCCGAAAGGAUUUGGGGUCUUGGACAGCAUCUGCAGGAUCCGAUCCUGUGAUUCUUCCUGAUGACGUGGAUAGCGAGGAAGGCUUGCGAAGGUGAAACCUUGAAGCAUGUUCAGGAAACAGGUGCGGUGCAUGUGGGAUGAAGCCUUUCCGUUCUCUGAUAGGGGUUGAGGGAGAUGGUGGGUGCGCCCUUUUCUCGGUUUUGGGUUCAAACCUGUUUCUUGUUAAGUGAAGUUUCUCGAUCAAGGACCUUUUCGACCAUCACCACAUCUUCCCCCAACAAGCGUGCCGAGGCUGAGGUUGGUGAUGCUCGUGGGUUCUUGGCUUGCUGUGUGAACCUCGGCGUUGUUGUCGUUGGUCGCAAGCAGCGCUGUUUUCGGUAUCGCGUCGGGGGCUCGUGUGACUGAGUCGUGUUUCACCAAGCGGUGGAGUAGUUAGUGGAGUCUGGCAUUCAGCAAACGACUGCCGGUGGUGGGCGAUCACCCUAUCGGCUGUCCCGGCGCAGCCAAAGCACGGUUGGCUUGGCAGGGCAGAUCCUCA